UAUAAUGUCACAUAUUAAUAGAUCCCUAAUUUAUAAUGUAUUAUAUUUAACAUGUAGAAGACAAAGGGUGGACUAAUUAGGUAGAUUCAAGCAUUAUGUUGUCCUUCAUUUUUCGGUUUAAAAUAUUAUUUGAGUUGAUGUGGUGUUAAUUGCUGGAGGCUUUCUUUAUUAUUUUUGGGGACAAAACUAACUUAACAGAGGAAGAGGAAACACUGUUACCGCCCAUUGUCGUCAAAAAAAUAAAAAGAAACGUGAUACUAAAAUGACAGUGAAGGCUGUUAUGGAAGGAGCGUUCUAAAUUUUCACUCCUGCUUCUGUAAAAUACUUCUACCAAAAAAGAAAGAAAAAAACAAAAAACAAAAAACAACAAAACACACUCCAAGUGCCUUUUAGCUAAUUUCAACUUGUCAGUCAUGAGAGGGGUUACAUACCUGUGUCUGUGGGUUUUUAUGAGCCUGUUGUUCCUGGAGAAGUCAUUAUGUGUGGAAGACUCAAAUACUGUUAAUCCCUGUUGUUACUACCCGUGUCAAAACUCAGGAGUGUGUGUGAGGUUUGGUUUAGAGAACUAUGAGUGUGACUGCACCCGAACCGGCUUCUAUGGGGAAAACUGUACUGUUCCGGAGUUCUGGACCUGGGUUCAUCUCAUGCUAAAACCGAGCCCUUCAUUCUCUCACUACGUCCUCACUCACUUCCAGUGGUUCUGGGCUCUGGUCAACAACUCUUUUCUGGGAGAUAUCCUCAUGAGACUGGUGCUAACAGUCAGAAGUGAACUUAUUCCAAGUCCCCCGACCUACAAUACAAAGUAUGGGUACCUCAACUGGGAGUCCUACCACAAUAUCUCCUACUACACCCGUAUCCUACCUCCCAUACCUGAAGACUGCCCUUUACCAAUGGGAACAAAGGGCAAACCUACUCUACCAGAUCCCAAUGUGCUGACAGAGCGUUUUUUUAAGAGGAAGACAUUUAGGCCAGACCCCCAGGGGACCAAUGUGAUGUUCGCAUUCAUGGCUCAGCAUUUUACACACCAGUUCUUUAAGACGAGGUCUCAUGUUCGUGGAGGUUUCACCAAGGCUUUAGGACAUGGAGUUGAUGCGAGCAACAUUUAUGGAGACAACCUCGAACGUCAGCAUCUGCUUCGACUUCACAAGGAUGGAAAACUUAAAUACCAGUUAGUAGAUGAUGAGGUGUACCCCCCUACAGUAUCUGAUGUCCCAGUACACAUGGUGUACCCAGAAGCCUUUCCUCCAGAGCAGCGUCUGGCCAUUGGUCAUGAGUUUUUUGGCAUCCUGCCAGGCCUGACCAUGUACGCCACCAUAUGGCUGAGAGAGCACAACAGAGUGUGUGACAUCCUGAAGGCAGAGCAUCCCACCUGGGACGACGAGCAGCUCUUCCAGACCGCCCGACUCAUCAUCAUUGGUGAGACGGUGAACAUCAUAAUUGAAGAAUAUGUGCAGCAGCUGAGCGGCUACCAGAUGAAGCUCAAGUUUGACCCCUCCCUCCUCUUCAAUGCACGUUUUCAGUACAGCAACCGCAUCGCACUGGAGUUCUGUCACCUCUACCACUGGCACCCUCUGAUGCCUGACAGCUUCCUCAUCGACGGAGAUGAAAUCCCUUACUCCCAUUUUAUGUACAACACCUCCCUCCUCAUGCACUAUGGGGUGGAGAAACUGGUGGAUGCCUUCUCUCGACAGCCUGCUGGACAGAUAGGUGGAGGUCACAACUUGCACGAGGUACUGCUGAAUGUGGGAGAGAAAGUCAUCAUAGAGUCAAGAGCAGCGCGUAUACAGCCUUUCAAUGAAUACAGGAAGAAGUUCAACCUGAAACCAUAUUCUUCUUUUUCUGAAUUCACCGACGACCCAGAGAUGGCCAGAGGACUGGAGGAACUGUACGGUGAUGUAGAUGCUUUGGAGUUUUACCCCGGCCUCCUACUGGAAAAAACACGCUCCAAAGCUAUAUUUGGUGAGAGUAUGGUGGAGAUUGGUGCACCCUUCUCCUUGAAAGGCCUGAUGGGAAAUCCCAUCUGCUCCCCUGCAUACUGGAAGCCCAGCACCUUUGGAGGAGAGACGGGCUUUAAUAUCAUUAAAACGGCCACUCUGAAGAAACUGGUGUGCCUUAAUACUAAAUGGUGUCCAUAUGUGGACUUCCACGUCCCAAGAAAUGAGGAGGAGGUCAGACAGAGGAACCCACCCACUGAACUCUAAUUCAUAUUCACCUGAUGAUCUGAGAUUUAGUGAGGGUUCUCUGGAGUUUUCUUCAAGUAAAAAUAAUUCAGUUUUAUUGAGUGUUAGUUUAACAGACUGUGUCCAACACAGGGUUCAUAUGUCUGUUGAUGUUUUGAAAAUGUGUAGUAUCUGUAAUUUCAUUUCACCUGCACUGAUUAGUUGAUCAAAAAAUAUUUUCCUCAAGUUCUGCUUUACAGGUUCCAUCUUCAAUAAUGUGUAUAAUAAUAAUAAUAAUAAUGUGUCUUUGUUGUACCUGAUAGUAAACUUGUUUUUGUAUUGGUAGUAUGCUUAACUGUACUUAUUAUCUUUAUUACGACUUUGCCACUUGUUUCUGGUUCUACUUUCCAAUCUGUAAUUUCAGUUUUUUCACUACUGUUUUUUGUUUUUUAUAGUGAUGUUAUUGUAUUGCUUUUUUCUUGUGGUGUUUCUUGUGUGUAUGCUCAGUGUUGUAGUGCUUCUGGAACCUCAUUUCCCUGAGGACUCUGCCCAAAGGAUCAGUAAAGUUAAAUCUAAUCUAAUCUAAUUUGCUGCCCUUCUGUUCAGAAAUAACACCGUAGAAUAUCACAUCUGGAGUGGGAACAUUUCAGAAAAAACACAAUGUGUCAAUCAAUGCUCAACGCUGUCAUUUAGAUGUGAAAGGACAGAAGACUUGAGAACUGAUUGUCAUUGGUUGUGUUGUCUACAUGUUUAUUGAUACAGCCCAUCUAAACUUCCUUUGGUUUAAUAAAAGGUGUAACAGUCCGGUAGCUUCACAUAAGACAAUGAACAGGUGAUUGAAACAAGUUGUAUGACACUCUCAAAAUACAUAAUAUUUCCUGACAAAAUAUCCUUGGCUGUUUUACUAAAUAAAAGAGAAAUAUGUGACUUAAAUAAUUGAUGAUUAUUAAUACUAACAAGGAUGUGAACAGUAAACCAAACACAUUAAAAAUCCUUUAGUGGAAAAAAAACAGCAUAAAGCAAGACUAAGGUGUAGCUGUAAUCACCAGUAUCCUCUAAAAUACACUGAACCAUGUUAAAUCAAACCAGCAACCACUGGUGCAAAAAGUGUAGCUCUGAAGUUAUCAAAUAUACAACUAUAUAUAAAAAAUAUGUAGAUGCUAAUACAGAAUGUUCUAUCUUUUUAGUACAAUAUUCUAAGUAAAAUGGUGUAAAUAGACACUAUGUUACAUUUUAACAACAACCCUGUGAACUGCCCAACUCACAAGAGUCUAUUUAUUUUGAUGUUCCAGUACUAAAACUGCAUGUAAUUAGAAAAAAGCAUGUUUGUCAGAUUUAUAGUUUGGCACAUUUUAUUGAUAGAUAAUCUUAAUACCAUUACUUAAAAGUGGUGUUCAGUUAUUAUUGUUAUUACAUGCAACUUCGCUUGCUGUAUUAUUUUUAAUCUUAGCUUUGUUGACGUUAACAUAUAUACAAAGGCCUCGAUUAUGUCCCAUGAGACCUUAUUUCAGAAAAUGGUAAUUAGUGGUGAGAGACAUUAAAUUUUAAAUCCCCUUUGUAUUAUCUAUCAUUAGCAUAUAUGAUGUUGGUUAAUUUAAAGGACAGUUUCACAAAUCAAGAAUGUCACAGUUGGUGGUAAAACUGUUGAAGUAUCUGACUGUAAAAAUUAGUAAAUAGAAAGACGAAGGUGAAGUCAUCACAACUCUCUUCAUAAUAUGCAGAGAAUGUUGCAAUUAAAAGAUCAUUAUAAAAUGAACAGGGCGCCACUUUUCCCUUCCAAACAAACCUGUCUGAAGUGCUCGUGUAUUAGGUUGAAAAUUUUCAUAUAAACAUCUGAGAAGCUCAUAUUAUUAGUCUGAUCAAACAAAUGAAUGU